GUAGUUCCACAUAGAGACUUUUAUAAUGUACGGAAAGUCGACACACACGUGCACUUGUCCUCGUGUAUGAACUCCAAACACCUUCUGCGUUUUAUCAAAUCCAAAUUAAAGAAGUAUCCCAAGGAUGAAGUUAUUGUUAGGGAUGACAAGUUGCUUACGUUGACGGAAGUGUUUGACAGUUUACAUCUGCGCGCAUAUGAUUUGAGUAUCGAUACGCUAGACGUACACGCACACACCGACUCUUUUCAUAGAUUUGACAAAUUCAAUCUAAAGUAUAAUCCAAUUGGUGAAUCUCGAUUAAGAGAGAUUUUCCUAAAGACAGAUAAUUAUAUCGAAGGCCGAUACUUGGCGGAAUUAACCAAAGAGGUCAUUUCCGACUUGGAAUCGAGCAAGUAUCAAAUGGCAGAAUAUCGAGUGUCGAUAUACGGACGGAAAAAGUCAGAAUGGGAUAAGCUUGCCAAAUGGGUUGUAAAGAACAAGAUAUUUUCGCACAAUGUUCGCUGGUUAAUUCAGACGCCUCGUUUGUAUAAUAUCUACAAGAACAACCGGACAGUCGAGAAUUUCGAAGAUGUCAUUAGGAACAUCUACGAACCAUUAUACGAGGUAACGAAAGAUCCAAGCACGCACCCUGAGCUCCACGUGUUUCUACAACGAGUUGUCGGUUUUGACAGCGUCGACGACGAGUCUAAGGCCGAGCGGCGCAUUCAUAGGAAAUACCCAUACCCUAAAGAUUGGAACACAAAUUUGAAUCCUCCCUAUUCGUAUUAUCUGUACUAUAUGUAUUCAAACCUGGUUAGUCUCAAUAAUUGGCGAAGGAAAAGAGGAUUUAAUACAUUUGUUCUUCGUCCUCAUGCGGGAGAAGCAGGCGAUACUGAUCAUUUGACAUCAGCUUUCCUUACCUCUCAAUCCAUCUCUCAUGGCAUUCUCCUUCGUAAAGUACCUGGUUUGCAAUACCUUUACUACAUCAAGCAGAUUGGCAUUGCAAUGUCUCCCUUAUCCAACAAUGCUUUAUUCUUGAACUAUGAGCGGAAUCCAUUUUUGAACUUUUUCCAAAAAGGACUAAAUAUCAGUCUGAGUACCGACGAUCCAUUACAAUUUCAUUACACUAAAGAACCGUUGAUUGAAGAGUAUAGUGUCGCUGCGCAGAUAUGGAAAUUAUCCGCUGUCGAUAUGUGUGAGCUCGCACGCAAUUCGGUGAUUCAAAGUGGAUGGGAGAUGUCCGUUAAAAAGUACUGGCUAGGCGCAAACUGGUUUUUGCCUACACCCAUGGGAAACGACGUGAGCAAGACUAACGUUCCUAAUAGUCGGAUUACCUAUCGCUUCAACACGCUGCUCGAAGAAAUAGAAAUGAUUAAGAAAUACUCUAAUCUUAAUAAAGACACCUCGUUUGAACGGAACACCAUAACCAAACCAUUCCAAUCCGCCGCGGCCGCUCGUGAGGAUCGUAUGCAUGCAAAAUCGACAAACGGUUGGACGACAGAGUUGAAGAUUAUUCCCGGUAUUGGAUUGUUUAGUGAAACGCAGGAUUCUAAGAGGAGAGAGA